AUGUCGGAGAAGUACAACAGCCACAUCCUGGUGAUGGAGGACCGAGGGACUAACGGGUCUCUUGAGUCUACCGGUACCGCCAAGUCCCUUCAAGGUUCAACCGUUAGUUUCCAUAACGUCCACUAUAAGGUGACGCAGAGGAGUGGCUGUCUGUGUAUCAAGAGGAAGACCACAACCAAAGACAUUCUCAUAGAUCUGAACGGCCUGAUGAAACCAGGGCUGAACGCUAUCAUGGGGGCGACAGGAAGCGGGAAGUCAUCGUUUCUGGAUGUGCUGGCAGCCAGGAAGGACCCAGCAGGUCUGGCUGGAGAGGUGUUGAUAGACGGAGCUCCUCAACCUCCCAACUUCAAAUGUCUCUCAGGAUACGUGGUCCAGGAUGAUGUGGUGAUGGGAACUCUGACUGUGAGGGAGAACUUCCGUUUCUCUGCAGCGUUGCGUCUUCCGUCCUCCAUCAGCCAGAAGGAGAAAGAGGACAAAGUCAACCGACUCAUCACAGAACUGGGCCUCACUAAAGUAGCAGACUCACGGGUUGGUACCCAGUUGAUCAGGGGAAUAUCAGGAGGGGAAAGGAAGAGGACAAACAUUGGUAUGGAGCUGAUCAUCGACCCUCCUGUUCUCUUUCUGGAUGAACCCACCACCGGCCUGGACGCGAGCACAGCUAACUCUGUACUACUACUGCUCAAGAGGAUGUCUAGUCAUGGCCGUACCAUCAUCCUGUCCAUCCACCAGCCUCGUUAUUCCAUCUUCCGUCUGUUUGACAGUCUGACUCUGCUGGUUAGCGGUAAACAGGUUUACCACGGCCCUGCUCAGAGUGCUCUAGACUACUUCUCUAACAUCGGGUACACUUGUGAACCCCACAACAACCCGGCUGACUUCUUCCUGGACGUGAUCAAUGGAGAUUCUACCUCCAUCGCCUUCGACAGGAUAAAGGAAGGAGACGACUCUGACCCAGACAGGUUAACCAGUUCCAGGCAGAACAUCGAGGACCAUCUGGUCCAGGAGUACCGGGGCAGUCAGUACUAUGGAGAGACCAAGGCCCAGUUAGAACGCAUCACCAUGAACAGAGAGUACAGUGUGAAGACUCCCUCUCGGACCAUCACGUACAACACCUCCUUUUCUACUCAGUUCAGAUGGGUCCUGAAGAGAACCUUCACUAACCUCAUCCUCAACCCUCAGACAUCCUUCGCUCAGAUUGGAGUGACUGUGUUCCUGGCCCUCAUCGUUGGGGCCAUAUUCUUCGGAGUGAAGAAUGACCAGAGUGGCUUACAGAACAGGAUGGGUGCUCUAUUCUUCAUCACCACCAACCAGUGUUUCAGUUCCGUGUCUUCUGCUGAACUCUUCAUCACCGAGAGAAAACUGUUCCUUCAUGAGUACAUCAGCGGUUACUACAGAGUAUCAGUCUACUUCCUGUGUAAGUUACUCAGUGACAUCAUCACCUUAAGGACACUCCCUGCCAUCUUCUUCAGCUGUGUGGCUUACUUCAUGAUCGGGUUUAAAGCUACAGUGGAGGCCUUCUUCCUGUUCAUGUUGACUGUAGCUCUGGUAGCCUAUACAGCUACUGCUAUGACCAUGGCUAUAUCAGCUGACCAGAGUGUUGUGGCGAUCGCCAACAUCUUCAUGACCAUAGCCUUCGUCUUCAUGAUGAUCUUCUCAGGCCUGUUGGUGAACCUGCCCAGUAUUGUUGAGUGGCUUGCCUGGUUCCAGUACCUCAGCAUCCCUCGGUACGGACUAACAGCUCUCCAAAUUAAUGAGUUUGUAGGUCUCCAGUUCUGUGGAGACAUUCCCCUCAACGGCACCUUGCCCCCUGGUAUGACAUGCACGGGGGAAGACUUUCUGAAGAACCAGGGGAUCGACUACACCACGUGGGGGCUGUGGCAGAAUCACGUUGCCCUGGCGAUCAUGACCGUUAUCUUCCUGUUGAUCGCAUACUUCAAACUACGCUUCACUAAGAAGUUCACAUAGGGGUCAGGGGUUAAG